AUGGCUGGCUGGGUGUGCGACGUUUGCCUGGUGCCUAACGACGAGGAUGUCGCGGCGUGCUGCUGCUGCACGACGCCUAGGCCUACAGGCGCCCCUUCUGCGCCAUCUAAUGGCGGGACCAGCACGACGGUACAAGUUUCUGAGAGCGUGGAUAACUCGCAGCCGGAAACAAAAGACGUCAACAAAGAUGUGAAGCGCAUUCGGUACUCAUUCCCAUCAUCCGAACUGCCACUUAGCUGCAUUAUGGUCGUUGGAUCUUCUGAGGUCGACCAGUUGCCGCGGUCGAUUUGCGACUCGGGUUUGGAACGAGGCAGCAAAAACAAGGUGUCCCUCUAUGAGUGCUCGCUGCCAACGCCAGUGACGGAGGGGAUACGUGGCUGGGUGUCCUCCGUCGCCUGCGGCUCGCUUCACACCGCUGUCGUAAGUCGCACCGGCGAGGUAUUCACUUUCGGUUGCAAUGACCUUGGAGCACUGGGAAGAUCAGAGAAUGACACUGAUAAAGAUUCGCUGGCGGAGUGCAACCCCUGCCCCGUGCGGCUGCGUCACACGGUGUCCCGAGUCUCUUGCGGCGAUAACCACACGUUGUUCCUCACCACCAGCGGCGCAGUGUUCUUCACCGGCGCCUUCAGGGACACGCAAGGAAAUAUUGGCAUCGCAGAUUACGACGAGCUGGAGAAGCUCACCAAUGCAGAGCACUUCAAAACCCCGGUUAUGUUGCCGUUCAUCAGCCAUGGCGAUAAUCCAAUAAAGGAUAUUUGCUCGGGUGAGAACCACUGCCUCCUGCUGCCCACCGACGGGUCCGGUAUCUACGUGUUUGGUAGCAACGAGUUUGGUCAGCUGAUGCUGCCGUCAGGGUACGCCAUAACGACGCCAACUGAAGAGAAGCCGGAUUUGUCAAGUGAAGAGACGAUGAAGCUUGCCUUGACGUGGCCGCAGUUCCUAAAUGUGGAUGAUUUGGGUCUGAUGAAGCGCCGGCCCGGCGGCGAGGCCAAACGCCGCAAGCACGGCGAUGAAUUCGUGAGCCGCAUAUUCACGGGGUACUGCACCAGCUUCUUCGAAACGGGGGUUAGUCGGCGCAUCUACGGCAGCGGGCGUAACGCCCAAGGUGAACUGGGUACGGGCGGCGAUGAGCUACAAUUGUCGCACCCUACCGAGUUGGUCGGUCUGCGAGGGUUGCGCAUCUCGAAGAUUGUUGGUGGGCAGUUCUUCACCGUCGCGCUUACGACAGGCGGCAAUCUGUACAGCUGGGGCAACCGUUCAUACACGGGCACCGGAAGCGAUGAUGACUAUGCCACCCAACGCACCCCAGCCAAAAUUCAGUUCUUCAAGGACAAUGUCCGGAACGUCUUUGUUGGCGCGGAUGCCACUUUUGCCGUUGUCUCUCACGGCAAAGUCUACGCAUGGGGGUCUGGGCAGAACUAUGUUUUGGGCAACGGUAAGGAUUGCUUGUUUCAGAAGACCCCGGAGCUUGUGCCGAAGAAACAUUUCCGCGGCCACAAAGUGGUGGGCGGCAUGGGUGGAUCUCAGCACACCGUCUUUUUGUGUCGUAAGAAAGUAUGA